ACAGCGCCCCGGAGUCUAACCGCGUCCUCCGAGCUGCGUGGUCCCCCGCUCUCCUGCGUCUGCCGAUCCGCACCACGUCCGCUGCUCGUGCACGACCUGAUGGAGGGCGCCAAGAGGAGCGCGGUGGAGCGCAAGGUGGUGAGGUCCACCUUCUUCGAGGUGGAUAUCCGCGACCCCGACAGCAAACGGAGGAUGUGCUUCAUUGACAAGGUCCACCCGACCGUGACUGUGGGCGAACUCAAGGCGCUCUUCAACAAAACCCAUCCGGCCAUGUACCCGGCACGCAUCUGCUUCAAAGUCGAUCCGAGAGGCCGAGCGAUCCGGGACGAGGAGGUGCUCAAGAACCUCCCAGUGGCCACUACGGCCGUGCUGUUUAUGUUCGACCUCGGCCCACAGGUGGACAAGACCACGGCGUUCCUGGUGAAGUACACGUGCAUGUUCAUCGUCUACCUGCUCUUCUACCUGCGCGUGUACCCCGUGUACACCGAGGAUGACGUCUGCUCCUUCAGCCCCCACCGCGUGGUCCAUCUGGCCUGCAUCUGCCACUCGUUCCACUACAUCAAGUGUCUGCUGGAGGCGGCGUUCGUCCACAAGAUAUCGCGGGGCACCAUGCCGCUCACCAGCAUGGUCAUCGACUGCACGUGCCACGCGAUCUUCACCGCCUGGAUGGGCUACUACAUCAACCACCCGCUCUACACGCCGCCCUCCUACAGACUAACGGCGCUGGGCAUGAUGUGUUUUACGGUCUGUCAGCUGGGAAGCUAUUUCAUCCACAUCAGUCUUCGUGACCUACACACCCCUGGCCGCAGCAGACUCCCGUACCCAUCGCCCGGCAUGAACCCCUUCACCUGGCCGUUCGCCCUCGUCUCGUGCCCCAACUACACCUACGAGGUCGGCUCGUGGCUCAGUUUCGCCGUCAUGACCCACACGCUCUCAGUGUGGGUGUUCGCCGUCUUCGCCUUCAUCCAGAUGGCCGUGUGGGCACGCGAGCGCCACUCCGCCUACGUCAAGGAGUUCCCGGGCUACCCCAGCAUGCGCCGUGCCCUGCUGCCCCUGCUGCUCUGAGCAAGGGGCAGCACCCUACCCCCCUAAGUGCCGGGGGGCAGCAGGAGUUGGGGGGGGGGGGAGGGCUGUGGUGGAGGAUGCGGCGGUGGAGGGGUGGAGGCAACCCCCUUAAGGUUGCAGUGGCAGGAGGCAGCAGGGAGGGGCUGCCCUCUCAC